AUGCCUUCAGCACCAGAAACUCCGGAGUCAUCUCGACCACUUGCGGACCACUUCUGGAUCGCCGGUGUCGACAGCCAACAACUGGUAGAUGCCUUCUCUCAGCCACGAUGGUCUCACGAUCACCUCGAGCCUAUCAGCGUCGACUUUUCCAUCAGAGAAGAAACCUCUGUCGACAAUGAGCAGUCAUCCAUCCUCCAGUCUCCUCGAGCCUCGAUUGGCCAUUCUAGACAUGACUCCUACCAGAAACUCUCGCAACUUUCUGAUGAGGCCAGGGAGACCAUCCAGAGUCUCCACGAGGAGCCGCGGCCCCGCAGCAAUCGCAGCAGCCUCACUAUUCGACCGGCCGCGGGCCCUGGCCCCAAUGCUCGGAUGUCCUCACUGAUAUCGGAAGCCGAUUUUGAGAAAGCCAUGGCCAAGUUCGCCACUGACCGAGACGCCUUCUAUCUAGACCUGACGUUUCAUCCGAACGAAAACACCAAGCCUGCUCGUUCCAAGUCGCGGCCCAAGACUCAGAAGAUCAUUGCUCAAGAUGAGGCCGCUCUGGUUCCCAAUCGCAAUUUUGGAAGCAUCCGCCGACACCUUUCCUUCAAGGACAUGUCCAGCACGAAACGCCAACCAUCCAUGGCUCGACGGACGUCGACACGCACCUCCCGUAGGCUGAGCAGUUACAACUCAGUCAUCCCCAGCCCAGAGACCUUCCACAGCUUCCCUGACCAGUAUCCCCUGCUGCGGAAAUUCGAACCCGUAUUGCUGGAACGAUAUCCUGGAUCCCGCACACUCGACAAAUCUCAGAUCAGGGCACCUUUUCCAGACUAUGUGCCCAUGUUUGCCUUCCCGAAUGACGUCAAGAUUGUAGCCUCUGAAAUCAGGCCGAGGUCAAGCUGGCACGAAUUUUCCAUGACUGCAUCAGACAACUCGAGACUAACGGGCGUGACGGUCAUCAUAUGGAUUCCAGUGAACCGCGAUCUUGCCGCUGUUUUGGAAAAGAGGUGUGAGCAAUGGAGAAAAGCUCAUAUGUCGGAGGCUGAGCGAGAGAUGGCGACGUCACUUGCAGAGAGAUUGGCAGCAGAAAGUGCAAGAUUGUCUAGGCUUCUAACACAACUGCCCCAACUCUCGCCCGAUUCAGCGGAAAGAGAGGCUUUGGAGGAUGAAAUAGGCACGGUCGAAGAGAGAAUCAGUGUCAUGUCUGACAUGCUCAGACCAUUGCGGCACAAUUCCGAAUCAGAUAUCCAAGGGCUGACCGGCGGCGAAACGCGCUUCUGGAUCCCGAGAGCUUACGGAGUUUUGGGGAGAGACAAAUCCAUGGCGAAUUUCUGGAGGCAAUGGCUUCGAGCGGUUGUCGUCCCGAUGACCGAUGGAGGAGUCUUGCGGGUACCGGCCAGCUCCCCUAAAGUCGGUAUGUGGCAGCCAUUGGAGAGGUACGUUGCUGCGCUGUGCCUCGAAGCACCAAGUCCCGUCUCAUCCAGGACCCAAGUCCAACUCCCGAUUCGAGAGCUCCAGCUGUAUGCUAAAAAAGAAGCGCCAAAUGAACUCCCGGGCAGCAGGACGACCGAUCUGUACCCCCUCUUCCGAGCCCUCACAAUCCCCAACAUUGUUCUUCUCCUCGAAUACGUCUUAUCGGAGUCCAGGAUCGUUCUCCUCUCAGCCCACGUCGCAAUGCUGCAGCUAGUCAGCAAAGCUAUCCUGGAACUCAUCUGGCCCUUCGAAUGGACAGGGAUAUACAUCCCAGUGCUGCCAUCGCGUUUGGUCCAGGCAUUGGAUGCGCCCUGCCCGUACAUCUGCGGCAUCGACCGGAACUACGAGAAGUUCGAUCUUCCUGAUGACGAUUAUGUUCUUGUCGAUCUGGAUAAGAAUGAGUUGCACAGCACCGCACCACCACCGUUCCUACCGAAACAGCAACGGAGAAAAUUGAUGUCUCUGCUUUACCAGGCUGCGCCACUGCACCAAACCUCUGGAGUGCCCACCGGGCCCCCUGCCUACGCAAUGGAGACAUACCCGUGUGAUGCCUUUGCUGCAGAACUCGAGUCUACCUUCACCGCGGUCACCAAAUCCACGAAUCUUGACAAACUCGCGAGCCUCAGCUCCACCACGUUCGGGCCACAGGCCACAACUGACACCAUUCGGCGGGCCCCGCUGCUGAACGUCUUUCUUGCUUCUACACCAACAAGAGGAAAAAGCACUGAUCGCCCCAGGACAUCGUCAACAGCCAGACACUCUACAUUCACCGAUUCCGACACUCAGUCGCCCGUCACUCCUAACUUCUCCCUGUCGCCUAACCCUGGAACGCCACGGACCGAGACGGGGUACGCUCUUCAGACGUCCCUCCGGGAGAAGAGAUCUGGUCAUUUCGACUCGUUGUCCAAGAGAAGCUUCUCUGGGUCUACCCACAUGAUUCGCAAGGCCAGCCUUCCGUUUGUGAAGCACAGUGCGAGCCCUUCUUCGAGCACUACGCUUUCAGACAAUCGAAAUGGGUCAAUGUAUGCACCCUCUACGUACGCACAGUCGACACUGGCGGCUUCUACCAUCAUGCCUGGAACGCAGACACAAGCCGUACGAAAUGGCGAAGGUACAUAUUGGUCAGAGGGCCAUUAUUUGCAGUGGCGAUCCGCAGAUGGUCCGUCCACGUGUCUCCUAUGCGACGAAAAGGCUCCCGAUGGAUACUACAGGUGUUCAGGCUGUGGCUUCGUCAUUCAUGAUCGCUGUGUUCAAAAUAUCGCUAUUGUCUGCUCUGCAGCAUUCUACCCUGACCAGAUCCGCGCCGCCUUUGUACGAUGCAUGGCCAGCUUGUUGUAUACCUAUCGGAAAUUCAUGCUACCUGCAACUCCUCAGAAAAAGAAGCUUGGAGCUGUAUACACCUUUGACAGUGACGCAUUCACCCGGAGUCUGACCCCGGACCAUGCUGCGUACAUGGGAAUGCUGCAACAGACCCAAGCUUGGAACGAGUUUAUCAUGGACCGUGAAGAGAAAACAUCGACCCCGUCGAUAGCGCUGUUCGACGCCAUUAUCACGGCAAAGCGUCGCCGAGCCGGAUUGCGGUCAUCUAUAUCCAGUCUCAGUCUCAAUAGGAAAAGCUUCAUGGCAUGGCCGCCCUCUGGAGGUCUGCACGCCGACACGCUCUCGGAUACGUCGCAACAUCAAUGGAAGAUAGUGCCAGUACCAUCCAGUGUUGAUCGGCCAGAGCUGGGCGCCGCAGCAAAAGGACGUGAUUAUCACACCAUUGUCACACGAACCCCCGCGAAGCUGGAAGAGGCUUUGUUCAAGCAGGAUGAAAAAGUUCCGAAUUUGCCUACAAUUCCCAAAAGAUCCAGGAUCAGCAUACUGACGGGCAAAAUGAACGGUCUCAACAUGCACGCCCCAUGA